UUGGUUUCGUGAUCCACUGAUGCUAAGCUGUGGCCACAACUUCUGUCAGUCUUGUAUCCAAAACUUUUGGAAGCAGCAAGCAAAAGAAACAUUCUGUCCUGAGUGUAAGAUGCUAUGUCAAUACAGCAACUGUACAUUUAACCUUGUACUGGAGAAGCUGGUAGAGAAGAUUAAGAAGCUACCCCUACUCAAGGGCCAUCCACAGUGCCCAGAGCAUGGAGAGAACCUGAAACUAUUCAGUAAGCCAGACGGGAAACUGAUAUGCUUUCAAUGCAAAGAUGCUCGAUUGUCUGUGGGGCAGUCUAAAGAAUUCCUGCAGAUCUCUGAUGCUGUCCAUUUCUUCACGGAAAACAAGCUACAUCUGCAGCAACACAUCUCCUUGGAGUUUCUAAAGCUGCAUCAGUUCCUGCACAGCAAAGAAAAGGACGCUUUAAAUGAGCUCCGAGAAGAGGGGAAAGCCUUGAAUGAGGAGAUGGAGCUGAAUCUGAGCCACAUUCAAGAACAGUGCCUCCUAGCCAAGGAGAUGUUGGUGAGCAUCCAGGCACGGAUGGAACAGCAGAACUCCUUCGACUUUCUCAAAGACAUCACACCUCUCUUGGAUAGCUUGGAGCAAGGAAUGAGGGUGCUGACACCCAGAGAGCUUAUCUCCAGAAAGCUGAACCCAGGCCUGUUCAGAGGUCCCAUCCAGUAUAUGAUGUGGAGGGAAAUGCAGUCCACUCUCUCUCCAGGCCUGUCUCCAUUAACUCUGGACCCUAAAACUGCUCACCCAAAUCUAGUGCUCUCCAAAAACCGAACAAGUGUAUGGCAUGGUGACAUUAAGCAGGUAAUGCCUGAUGAUCCAGAGAGGUUUGACUCAAGUGUGGCUGUGCUGGGCUCAAAAGGCUUCACAUCUGGAAAGUGGUACUGGGAAGUAGAAGUAGCAAAGAAGACAAAAUGGACAGUUGGAGUCGUCAGAGAAUCCAUCCUUCGGAAGGGCAGCUGUCCUCUAACUCCUGAGCAAGGAUUCUGGCUUUUAAGGCUACGGAACCAAACUGAUCUAAAGGCUCUGGAUUUGCCUUCCUGUAGUCUGAAACUGACUAACAACCUCAACAAGGUGGGCAUAUACCUGGAUUAUGAGGGAGGGCAGGUAUCCUUCUACAAUGCUAAAACUAUGACCCACAUUUACACCUUCAGUAGCACCUUCAUGGAGAAACUUUAUCCCUACUUCUGCCCUUGCCUUAAUGAUGGUGGAGAGAAUAAAGAACCAUUGCAUAUCUUACAUCCACAGUAA